UUUUUUAAGCUUUCCUUCUCAGUUUCAGAAACGAAAAAAAGAAAAAGAAAAAACUAUUUACAAGGAAACAUCUAAAUCGUAUGAAAAUAAAUCCGAUCUAGGCCUCUUCUUCCCCGAUUUCUCUCUCUGUCUCGUCGAUCGAAGACCUUAGGUAAUGGAUAAAGGCAAAGCAGUGAUGGGUACUGGUCGGAGAUGGGCCGUCGAUUUCUCCGAUCAGUCCACUGUUCCAUCUUCCCGCGACAUCCUCGAUCCCCCUGGCUUCUCUCGUGCUUCUCCGGAACAGGAUGAUUCAGCAACCAGCCGCCAAAAGAAAGACGCUGAAGCUAAUUGGAAACUUCAGAAAGCAUGGGAAGUAGCGCAAUCUCCAUUUAAGAAUUUGAUGAUGAUGGGUUUCAUGAUGUGGAUGGCUGGAAACACAGUUCAUCUAUUUAGCAUUGGUAUUACAUUCUCUGCUCUUUGGCAGCCUAUCAGUGCUCUCCAGAGUGUUGGAAAGAUUUUUGAGCCAUUCAAGGAUAAUAAGGUGGAACUACUGAUGCCGAAACUUUUGUUUCUUGCCCUAAACCUUGGAGGGUUAGCUUUGGGUAUCUGGAAGCUCAACACUUUGGGGCUCCUUCCAACACAUGCAUCAGAUUGGGUUUCAUCUCUACCCCCUCCUCAGGAGGUUGAACACUCGGGGGGAGGGUUCGUUUUCCACUGAUGAAUCUGUGUCUUUUGUAUUUUAAAUAAACCACUUAAAAUCGCGAGAAGACAAAAAUAUUUUAUGAGAUAACUGAACCAGAUACUCAAGUGAUUUUUUUCAAUCCUGUCAUGAGGGGAAGCUUCAUGUGGACCUUCUCAUCUUGUCAUCUUCUUGUAGCAAUUUCAAAAGUCAUAUACUAUAGCUUUUUCACUUUUAAGUAUGAUGUUCAUUGUUCAUCAUAACCAUUAAUGUAUUAUUGACACUGAAGGGACCUAUUUCCCAGCUUUUUGUUUUUCAUCUUUUUAGACAGUAAUGGAUAAUGUUUCAGGCUAAA